ACUCGCCUCAGUAAUUGUCGGUUGCUUUUGCUUGGUUAUUGUAUAUUUGGGGCAUAAUAUUCUCAUCUUUCAAUGCACCUAAGUGUUGGGCUGACUCUUUUUUUUACUGUAAGUAGUUGGUUAUAGCCUUGCGAUUUAGAGGAUUUUGAUCCUUUUUAUUUCGCAAAAAGACUCCAUCCAAUGAUCAGUCUGCGAUCGUCAGGCACAUUCAUUUUCUACUACCUAGGAGAGCUAUGAUUUUGAAUCGACAGUAACUGUAAAUUCAUACAAUAUGUCUGUGUCUCCACCGCCGAAAAUCGCCAAGGGUUCAGUAGCACCAAAUGCAGCAAUUUGUGUGAAGUUUAACGGUCUUCCGCAAAAAUGUCCAUGGGGCCUAGAUGAUAAAUUACAGAUUUAUUUUCAAAAUGAGAAAAAAUCUGGAGGCGGAGAUGUAGAUAACGUGUGUCUCUUCAAUGACGAUGAUGGUCCAUACGCAAUUAUCAGUUUUGACAAGCCAGAAACUGCACGCAACGUUUUGGCAAGAACAGAUCAUAAGCUGAUAAUUAACCAACAUACGGUUGAAUUAUUUGUGGAAUUAUUUCCAGGGUUGGAGGAUCAAUAUGUACAUAGGCAUAUGUCUACGGAAGAAAAUGAUCCAAUACCUUGCAACCUACCAGACCAAUCAAUGCAAUUUAAUGAUGGUGAUAUGCAUUGCAGCAGUUCAAUGUCCUCUGAAUGGCAUCACUGUAAUGAGGAUCACCGCCAGCCAAUUCAGAGAGACAGACCCAGGGAUCAACGACGUCAGGAACACGGAGAUCAACCAAGAUUGUCAUCAACCACCCCAGAUGCAGACAGUCCAUUGAAUUUUUCAAGGGACAGCUCAGAAGAUGGGGGUGAUGAGCCACUGCAGUUGUUGGAAGUAUGUUUCAGUAAAGUAUCACUUGAUACAGUUUUUAUGUACUUUGAGAGUAGAAAGCGCUCUGGAGGUGCAGAUAUAAAACAUUAUGAGGAAAUUCAACCGGGAAAAGUACUCAUUAUAUUCGAGCAAGCAGGAGUUGCACAGAAUGUCUGCAGUAAGUCCCAUAAAAUCGAGGGACAAACUUUAGAAGUCUCAUUAAUUGAAGAAACUGGACCUGCACAAAAUACAAUUGAAGUCAGUGGAUUUCCAACCUCGAUCGGAGAAGACACUUUGGAAAUGUACUUUGAGAGCAAGAGGCGAUCUGGUGGAGGAGACAUCAAGGAAAGUAAUAUGAAUGAAGACAAAACAAAAUUUACCAUCAAGUUUGAAGAAGCAGAAGCUAUGGAGAGAGUUCUUAAUAAAGUACAUGAAAUAGAACGCAGCAAACUUACCGUUAAUCUUCCAAGUAAAGUGCGUUAUCGUAGAGAGGGAAAACGCUUGUCAAGAAUUGCGGGUAAUUUUGAAAAUCCCAUUUCUGAAGAUGCUGUAAAUAUAUUGGUUUGUUUCCAUCAAAAGAUGUCACUGGAAACUGUUCUGAUGUACUUCGAAAAUAAAAGGCGUUCUGGUGGUGGAGAUAUUUUAAAUCACGAGUUACUUCAACCAGGAAAUCUUGUAAUUACAUUCGAAAAAGGAGUUGCAGAAGAUGUCUCUACAAGACCACAUACAAUUGACGGACAAACGCUAAAAGUCUCAUUGAUCGAGGAAUCUGGACCGUCGCAAAACACUGUCGAAGUCUGUGGAUUUCCAACCUCGAUUGGAAAAGACACUUUGGAAAUGUAUUUUGAGAGCGAAAGACGAUCUGGUGGAGGAGAUAUCAAAGAUUGUAACAUGAAUAAAAAUAAAAGCAUAUUCACCAUUACGUUUGAAGAUAAAACAGCCGUGGAUAGAAUUCUUGCACGUCGUCAUGAGUUAAGCGAAACCUUGCUUACAGUACAUCGUCCGAAAAAGGUCUGGUUAUACAAACAUCAAGUGGACAAAUCAGUGGUAGAGGUACAUGGAGAUACCAGUACUUCUUCAGAGUUAUUACAGAUGUACUUUGAAAAUCGUGCCAGAUCUGGAGGUGGUGGUGAUGAGGUCAAAGUUAUGUACCAUGAAAACAAAAAAUUAUGGACUGUCAAAUUUGACAAUUCUGAAAUUGCUGAUCGAGUUCUUCAAAAGUCUCAUUGGUUGAACAACAAAGCUAUCAAGGUUUUAAGACCACAACCAAUGGGAAUGGUUCCAGAUAAAUGCAACACAGCUGAUACAGAAGGAAAACAGGAGGACAAAGAAAUAAUACCAUUGGAGGUGCAAAAUGUGAAUCAGUCAAUAUCUGAAGAAUAUUUAAGGCUGUACUUCGAAAAUCAUGAAAAGUCUUGUGGUGGCCCAAUAGGUUUAAUAAAGAAGAACCAAAAAGUUGCUGGUAACUGGGCUAUAUAUUUCCAAGAAUCUGGAGUUUCUCAGGCAGUUGCUGAACAAAAAGAUCAUGAGCUUGGCGGAUCCAGAGUUACUGUUAGUCUGGGGUCAAAGCGGGUCAGAAGACCACUAAUUGAUCAUUGUCUGCUGAUUAGUGAUCUUCCAAAGAAAUUGAAUCUAGAAAUAUUUCACCUUUACUUAGAAAAAGUGAUAAGGCAAAAACAACCAAAAAUCAAAUUUGGAAGAGUUCCAUUAAAAGCUAUGGUGGAGUAUAGAGACACAAUUAACGACAUUGAUGAUGUGAUUUCAAAAAUUGAAAACGAGAAACUUCAGAAUACAAAAAUCAAUGCAAAGAAAGUGUUUGAAGUCGACACAAUACUUGUAAAGAACUUAGAUAAAACUGUGACAGAGGAAAUGUUAAAGCUAUAUUUUGAGAAUUGGGACAGAAGUGGUGGAGGAAACAUAAUUGACAUGCAAUUAGACAGCAAAAAGUUGGAAGUAACUAUACAGUUUGAAAACUACACAGUGGUGAAAUCAGUCUUUAAAAAAAAGCAUCGACUUCAGAACAAAAACUUGGAAGUGUGCUUUUACCAUGAUGACAUUGGCGAAUUGGUAUCAGAUGGUUGUCAAUGGAUACCAGAUCCAGUCUCUAUGCCUGUUGAUCCUUACCUUUUUACAUUUGCUAACACGACACCAACAUUCAACGUUAAUUUAGCUAAUGCUGGAAUAGAAGUAGAACAUAACCCUGAUGAUCCAUGCAUUUUGAAAUUACAUGCUGUUGAAGGUUUUGACCUCAAUAGCAUCUCUAAUUGGGAAGAUCAUGCUGCAAGUAAUUUUACACGACUCUUCAGCGACCAAUUUGACAGAAAGACCUUGGAAAUUGGAGAUGAAUGCUUUGAAGAUUUUCAGCAAUACUUAAUGAAUGAGAAGACUGACGGUGUGAAGUUAAUUCCAGAUGAUUCGUCGCCAUCUCUGAUGAUUUUAGGGUUGAAAGAUGCUGUCAAGACGGUCUGGGACAAGUUUUCACAUGAACUCAAGGUAAUGAAUGAUAAAAUCGAGAGAAAAAAGAAAACAAUAACGGAAAGAAAACAAUAUAAACCAAUCAAAAUUAAGAAAAUUCAAUUGCUUGGGUUUGAGGAGGUUGCAAAGAGUAACUAUAGAGUUAAAAUGAUGGUGGAUGAUCAAAACAAUAUUGUAUCAUUUGAGGGACUUUGUGAUGAUGUAGACAGUGCCAUGCUUGAUCUUUACAAACAAUUAGAGAACUUUGCAGAAGUUUCAUUUCCACUUAGUGCAAGAAUAUGCCAAUUCCUAACAGACUUUUACGAUAAGAUCAUAAGUUUACUUGCAAAAAAUAAUCUUCAUAUCACGUAUGAAAUUGAUGGAAACCGAGUAAAAAUAUAUUCCACUUCUGAUAAAGAUAUCAUGGCUGCAAAAUCCAGCAUUAAGGAAAUGAUUAUGCAUCAUAAGUAUCCCCUUCCGAGUGAUAAAAUGAAAGUAAUAAAAUCGGCUGAUGGCAAACAAUUGUUAGAUGAUUUAAAUUCACCAGGUAUUGUAACAGUUGAAGUAGUUACUCAGAAAGAAGGUGAAUCUUGCAUAAUGAUCACUGGAUUUGACAUGGCUGUCAAGCAGGUUAUCAGCAAAGUUAGUGACUUUUUAAGCACCAACCUAAUUAUGGAAAAAAAGAAAGGCUUAGAAAGAGGGAUGGUUCGGCUACUUGAAAAACAUCAUUCAAAAGAGCUAGUUGCUAUUGAAUCAGCUUUAAGUAUAUACUUUGUAAAAUUAAAGCCUAGCCAAAUGAGCAGCUGCAUUGUGAUUAAAGGUAAUCGGAGUGGUAUCGAUGCAGCAGUAGAGAAAAUAAUUGGCCUAGAAAGCAAGGUAUUGAUAGGUAAACAUUUGAUAUCCCAACCAGGAAUGGCUACUUUCUUUCGAGAAGAUAAAGGAAAUGUAGCUCUAGAAUCUGUGGAAAACCGCUGCAAAUGUAUUAUCGAGUUUGAUGGCAGCAACCGGUAUACCAGCACUGAGGCAAUGCACACUUUAUUAAGACACACAUUACAAAAUGGUAUUGAAUUAAUAGUAUGUAAAGCCGAUAUGACUGAAAUGAAAGUUGAUGUCAUUGUCAAUGCUGCAAAUGACAGACUUCAGCAUGUUGGAGGAUUAGCAAAAGCUAUUGUUGAUGCAGGAGGGAAAGAGAUACAGGAAGAAAGUAAUGGAAUAAUGAGAGCCCGUGGUUGGAGAGCCGUUUCAACAGGAGAAGUUAUUCUAACAGGUGCUGGUAGUCUCCCAUGUACAAAGAUUAUCCACACUGUUGGUCCAAGGUACACCAGAAGUUCAAAUGCAAAACAGAUGAAACGGUUACUUAUGAGUGCAGUGACAUGUGUAUAUGAAGAGGCAGAGAAAAAUAGAUUCACCUCAAUUGGAAUGCCUGCUAUCAGCUCUGGCGUGUAUGGUUAUCCUCUUAUGCCAUGUACCCAGGCGAUUCUGGAGGCAACAAAAGAGUACUUUGAAGAAAAUCCUCAAUCGCAAGUUCAUAAAGUGUAUUUUCUAAGUGUUAACAUUAAAGUUUGUCAGGGAUUUGAAGCAGGCAUGGAAACAGUUUUUAAUAUCCACCAUAGUGCCAAAGAUGACAUGUUUGAUGAAAGUGAUUCCGAUCAUGACUUUAUAGACCUCACAGAAGCCGAUGACAUGCCAACUAGCAGUAACCCAGGGUUAAAGAUAAAUAAUGACGUUGUAACUACAAAAGAAGCUAGCGUUACGCUAGGCUACCUGCAGACCCCAGAUUAG